AUGGUCAACAGUAAUCCUACAAUCAUCGAUGAUACUCACAAGGAAAAUGCUAUGCAUGCAAAUCAAAUAUAUUCAUCAUCUAGUCACGUAAAGCCGACUUCUCAAGAUGACGUUGAGCGACUAAAACCUACCAAGAGCCAAGUUCAGGCACGGAAACGGAGAGUACUAUGCGAAUUGACAGAUGCAGAGAUCCAAGCACGUAGUACACCAUGUAAUGAAGAGGUAAUAGAGUCACAACCCACGCAAUCGGAUAGCACAACACAACAAUCUUCAGAAACAUCCUCUCUCUCCAAGGAAUCCCACUCUUUAUUCAAAGCCGCUCGUCAAGCUCGCCAAAAGCAGUCCAUCAUGUCUAAGCAUACUGGCUCAAAACCCAUUACGAACUCCAAAGGGUCCACGUCCGACAAAGCCACCUCCCUCCAAAAGCCUCAACGAAAUUUACGAUAA